AUGAGACGGACGCGCGCGCCUACUCCUCUCCCCAGGCCCGCCGGUUGGUGGGGACCACCAUCAUUUUCCUCAGAAACACUCCUGCUCGCGCGCGCUCCUGCCCCCAACCAGCCAUGGAGUACGCCAUCGACCUCGACACCGCCGCCGGCCUCGCCUCGUCCGACGCCGCCGCCCAAGCCUCGUGCCCCGCGCAAGACCGCCGCCGCGACCAAGCCGAAGAAUACUCUGAUGCUCGAAGAGCGGGCAAGGAAGUCGGCCAAGAGGAAGGGCCGGAGACACGCCACAGACGCGAGGGGUGAGGCCGCCGCGCAGGCCUCCGUCGUCGUCGCCGCGCAGCAGGAGAUCACCAACGCCCGCGACGCAGCGGCAACAAGGGAGGCGCUCUACAUGUUAGGUUUAAACCCUAGCCAGCACGGCCUCGUCCAGCCGUCGCCGCGGCCAGCACUGGCUCGUCGGCGUUUCCUCGGAUGGUGCUGCUCGACUCGCCCCGCGCGUCGGCUUGCAACCUGAAUCCCCGACUUCCACGUCUACCCGCAGGACUCCCGCCUCUCUGGGGAGUGCUCGCUCGACGUGAGCGUGGUCGCGCCUUCCACGCCCGCGCCCGCGCCCAUCGACCUCAACGCCACCCCGGUGGUCGGUGGCUCGUCAUCCGACGGCACGAGGAAACGUGCGUAGUAGACGCCGGCCGACGGGCUUCCGGACGCCCGCAACCUGUUCGAGGAAAUGUCGUCCGCUGUCGACGAGGACUACAUGCAGAACCUCAUCUUUGAGGGCGGUGUGCCGGCCGCUGGCUACGAUCCCGACGAUACACAAAGCCAGGACGCCCGCGGGGCGUUCACGCCGGCCCCUGGCUAUGAUCCCGAUCAGGCGGCCUUCAUGCGUGAUCAGGUCGGCAUCGACCUGGACGGCUUCCCCCUCGACCAUGAGUUUCCGGACGACUACGGGCUAGAGCAAGAGGACGAGUACGCCAUCGAAGUGGAGCCUUUGUUUGAGGACGAGCUCGCCAACCAAGCUGCCGGUCCUAAGCCGAAGCGCAAGAGUAAGUGCACGAAGGCGUACACAGCGGCCGAGGACAAACUUCUUUGCGAGUGUUGGCGAGACAUUGGACAAGACCCCAAGACGGGUGCCGAGCAAAAGCAUUCAACCUUUUGGAUUCGUGUCCACCGAAAGUUUCAUGAGCGCAAGAGGUUUCCACCUUACCAAUUUGUGAGCACGCGCGGAUGGGUCUCCAUUUCCAAGCGGUGGAGGGUGAUCCAAAAAGAGUGUAACAAGUUUUGCGCCACUCUUGAGAGCGUCAAGGCCCGCCCCGUGAGCGGCAUCGGCAUGCAAGACAUGGCAUUUCAAGCUUUGGAGACAUUUAAGGUUCAGCACGAUGGCAAGUGCUUUAACCUCUCCCAUUACUACUGGGUCAUCAAGGACGAGGAGAAGUCCAAGGCGCAAUAUGCCGCACUCAAGGCGCGUGGGGGGAAGAAAGCCGUGGAGGAUGUUGGGGAGGGCGAUCCGGCACGGCCGCGGGGGAAGACCAACUUCAAGAAGGAGGACAAGCGAGAUGCGUCCACCAACGCCUUGAUUGCUAGCGCCACUGACUAUUUUCCCCUGACGACGGUCACAGGGCAAGAUGCGUUCGACAACACGUAG